UUUUUUGUUCUUAAGCUAUCCCAUUUGGACGCCAACGCUGGUCUUGGGUACGAAGGUCCUGCAUAAAGUGCAACUUGUUCACGAGAAAUGUUCCGGGCUUUCAUUUAUUGUCUUCUGGUGUUUGGAGCUUCGGCAGCGGACGACCCUUGCGCUCCCGACUGCGCACCCGGGGAUGACGGCCUCUACCCGCACCCUCAGGACUGCACCGAGUACUACCAAUGCGCCAACGGCAACGCUAUCAUCCAGCACUGUCCUGGCGGGUUAGAAUACAAUCCUACCGCAGGCGUGUGCGACUUCCCUGCCUCUGCAGGAUGCACCGCUGAUCCUGAUUUUGAUUGCGGAGGCGGAGAAGUGAGCACCACAACUUCGGCUCCAUCCACGACAGCGCCAGCUGAGAGUACCACUGAAGUGCAUUCUACUACUAUGGAAACCAUAUCAACCGAAGAAACAACAACGGACAAGAAAACUACGACUGAAGAAAUUGUUUCCACCUCAAGUUACACUCCUGAACUUACAACUGAAUCACUCACCACUACACAAGAGGUGAGCUACACGACCACUGAAAUCUUGUCUUCACUGAAUCCCAGCACUGAUGUUCCGUUGGACUGCUUCCCAUCCUGUCCGUCGUCCUCUGCAAUAUACGCCAAUCCCAGGGACUGCGACACCUAUUUCAUGUGUUUCGGAGGAGUUCCUUACCUGAUGACAUGCAGUCCUGGCCAAGAAUAUAAUCCUGAGACAGAAUUUUGCGAGGACGCAGGCACCUUCGAGUGCACUGCGGGGCCGGACCAGCCAUGCAUUGCGGUCACCAAUCCACCUAAAUUUUAGAGCUAACAAUAGAUACAUAUUUGCAAUUUUACUAAACCCUGAUUCGGAACUGCAGUGGAGAACUGACAAUUCUAUGCGAAAUAAUGACGAUAUUUGCAGUUAUGCUGCUUUGUCGACUACGACGAGCCAUCAUUUUUUAUCGAAAUGUACUUGCCGAUUUAUAUUGUUUUCAUUUUUAUAUAAUUUUUCAGAGAUGUUUGCUGGUCUCAUUUCAUUGUGAUAUCGAACUAAACUUGCUUAACGGUCGGCGGAAUUCAGUCGAGGUUCUUAUCGUGUUAGCUACACAAUAAAAAAACAACAACGACAAUUGCAUUGUUUAAAUUGCAUUGCCCUGAUUAAACAGUUUGAGAGUCUAA